UUUGAGGAUAGAAUAGUGUGUUGGAUCGUUGAGUUCGCCAGUAACGUGUUAAUGUGGCCGUGAGAAAAUUGCCGUUUCGCAGACAAUUGGAUACAGUUUAAAAUUACACCUUCACCGUGCCGGAUAAGAAAAGGUGAGAAGGGUGUCCAUAAUAUGUGAAUCAAAACCUCCCCUCCCGGGCCGAACGGUUUUUCUUUCGAUGCCGGUUGUGUUCCUCCGCCAAGACCUUGAAACACCGCCCGGGUGCGUAAUCGUCUGGUCUAUAAUGUGCGUGCGUGUGUGUGUGUGUCAGUGUGUUGAAAAGGUUUUGCUACGAAAGGGAAAGGCAAUGGCAGGCUGAAGAAAUACGCCGAGAGGACGACUUCCGUUUCAACAACACCACUGGACGGGGCUGGCAGUCGGAUGACGAAUUGAGAAAAAAACAAUUUCGCCCUGCUUCCGGUACUAAUUCGAAGAAGUGGACUUCCUUUUCGAGUAGAAGCUGUCGAUCUUGAAACAAAACGGUUACGAUCAACGAGAAACUAAAUGGUGGUAGCUCAAUCAACAAAUUGUGCUAUAAAAAUUUGAAAAACACCAGAAACCCCAGAGAAAACGCCCGGAACGCCUUCUUGCUGUGCUGAAUCCACUUCAUCUGAUUGACUGGCAAAGAAAAUUAUAUACUAGAAAUUCAACCACACACACAUCUCACUCAAUCCACUCGAAUUCUCAGAAACGAACAACCCCCCACACACAUACGUUCUGCAGAUGCAGAUGCGGUGCAAAACAAAGUGAAAGCGGUUACACAAGGAGCAAGUGAUCUUAUCAGAGUGUGUGUGCGAAUGUCCUUUUUCUGUUCGUGUUGUGUGUCCAAGCAGCUGUAUGUGUGUGUGUGUACGUGUUUGUGUGUGCUCUCAUUUCCGUUUUGUAAAGCUGUCCCAAUAUCUACAGUGUGGUGCGCGUGAUCGUGUUUUUUGUUUUGUUAAGUUCGGUUGAUAAAGCCCAAGUGCAAGUCUAAAUGCGUGAAAGCGAUACAAAAUCGAGAGCAAGGUGCUAGUGAAAACAAAAGGGGCCGAUCGAAAAGUGUGAUCACUGAAAUAAUCCUCCCGGAUAGUGUGAUCCCCGCAUGUGUCCGCCGGCUCAAUGGUUAGCGCCCGCAGCCGGUACCGUAAACGGCUUCACAAGCACCAGCACAGCAAGCAGUAGCAGGAGGGCCCGCGAAUAGUAGUGUGUGUCGAAGCGAAAGCAAUAGGAGAAGAAGCAAACGAGUUGUGCAGGCAAUUGCGGCAAAGGAGAAAUUAAUCGUAUCACAGCUCAAAGGCCGCUCCGCGCAUCAGCAUCCCGCCUUCACCAGCAUGUCGAACCUACCGGCAAAGUUUUACACCCUGUGCCGACUGUGCCUGACCACGGUUCGGGACUGCGAUCUUCCCGAGGCGACAGUCAAUUUUCGCCACUCGCCAAAUGUCCAGCAGGAGAUACCACAGCAACAGGAGCAGAUCACCGAGCAUGAUCAUGAGCUGAUGGAACAACAGCAGCUCCCGAUCGUGGAGUGUAACGUGGAAAUUGUCUGCACAGAGGAUGAGCCGGUUGGUGGUGGUCGCGUACAGACAGAUGCCAUCGUUGACUUGGAAGCGGACGGUGGCGGUGGCGAUGAUGGAGAUGGUGGUGGUGGUGGUGGAGGUUGUGGCGAUAGUAAUGGCGCUGAUGUAUCGCAAAAGGAUGAGCGAAGAAAGGACGGUGAAGCAAGUGGCCUUCCGGUCGUGGUCGUAACAGCGAAUGGAGGCGCUGUUGGUGGGAAUCACAUCAGCAACAGCAGCAGCAGCAAUGGAAAUGGUGAAGAAGAUGAAGACUACGAAGAUGACGACGUAUUCAGUGCCGGCAACAUGUAUCCAGAUCUUCCGAAGCGGAUAUGGACGUGUCUUUCAAUUAAGAUCGCACCAGAGGAUGGUUUGCCAACGGUUGUGUGUAGUUCCUGUCGUGAUCAACUCGAAUCCUGUCAUCGGUUCCGCCGGGUGGCCCACAGGACGCAGAAAUCGCUGCAGAACUACCUCAGCUACACAGCAGCGCUCGAAGGAAGUGAUGAGGAAAUACUCACCGAAUCUACCGAGCAGUUGGAAAAUUUGAUUGCUUCGUCGCCCGCGACGCUUGCGCUGAAGGCGUCGGCCGAGCAGGACGCGAUCGCUGCCCUGCAAGCCCUGCGCAACAAUAACAAUCAUACAAAAUCAGUUACCUCAGUACUUAGUAAAACGCAUCUACAAAACCUGGAAGCAAAUGCCGUAUCUGUGAUCCCCAUCGAGAGUAUGAAACUUACUUCCACCGGCGUACUACACCAGCCGACCACGACGACCACGACGACCAUCAUCCAUCAGCAGCCGGAGGAGCAGCAACCGCAUCAACUAUUUCAGCAACAUCAGCAGCAAAACAACCUACCAAAGCAGCCGCUUAUUCAGGUGCGCAACCUGACGCAGCUGCAGAAGGAGCAUCUCGAGACGGCUGCGGUGUUGAUGGACAUCAGCAAGAAGGCCAUCAUCUCACCGCCAAGCUCGAACCCCCAAUCGCCUAGCCUGCUCGCGGAGCAGAAACAGCAGCAGCAGCAGCAAUCGCUACAGUAUCAAAUUAACAUUAACAAUCAGCAUACACAGCAACCGCAAAGUAUUAAAUCUUCUGUGAUAAAGCAGCCACACGAAUACCUUUUGAACAAUCUAAAGCGUACCCCUAGCAGCGAAGAAAUGGAUCUUACGAUGAAACGGAUGAAGGUGGAACAGAACGUGGUCCUGACGCCCACGGUUCCGGCCACCACGCUGGUGAAGAAAAACUUCAUCAAGCGGGAAAACAUCAUCGAGCAUCUAGCAGCGGCGGUGGCCGACGAUCAGGCGAGCCAACACAGUGACAGUGUGGACAGCAGUGACUCUGGCCGGUUGCAGAUGGACAUAUCCUCGCAGGAUGCACACUCCGAGUGUACCGCGGACGAGCUCAAGUUGCGCAACAGUCUUCACCUCAACAACAACAACAAUCACCUGCAUCAGCACCAGCAGCAGUUGGAUCAGCUUGGACGCGAAACGCCGGACAGUAUGAACUCGAUCGAGGAGCAACAGCACCACCAGGCGGCAGCUGCUGCGGCACUGGCUUCGGCAGUUCACCAGAUACCCUUCGGAAGCUUACCGGACGCGACCGAUCCGACGAUGGCACAAAUAUGGCAGACAUUGGCUCAAAACAAUCUCAUCGUGAACGGAGCCGGUAACGAAGCAACAGCGUUCCUAAGGAAGAUGAUCAACGCACGAAAUCUCGGUAUCCAGUUUCCGUCCGUUGUACCAGUUGGUACUGGGUUGGCACUGCUUAAGCAAAACGAAAUCAGCCGACACAAUCAAACGGGGCAGAGCGGCCGCCGGAAACAGUCCUGCCCAAGUCGAACACCUGUGGAAGGUAACUCUCCCAACUCGUCGCUCGACAACAAUGGCAUCAGUGGCGGUGGACCCGCGUUGAAACACUCCACCGGCAAGAGCGCAACCUCCGGCAACCUGUUGUUCCGGGUGGCGGAGCACUCUAGCUCCGCGAAAUCUGCGCCCCAAAGUGGUGGAGCAGCUCGGUCCGAAACGAACAGUAACGCAUCCGGCAACAGCAGUCCACAGCUAAUACUUCCCAAGCCCCUAACUCAAGCACAAACUCAGCAGCAGCAGCAGCAACAGCAGCAGCAAACACAAAACUCUCAGCAGAAGGACAUGUCCUGUACGAACUGCGGUACGACGACUACGACCAUCUGGCGGCGGAACGUUCGCGGUGAGAUGGUGUGUAACGCGUGCGGACUCUACUUCAAGCUGCACGGCGUUAACCGACCACACACGAUGCGCCGUGAUACGAUCCACACGCGACGACGGCGUCCUAAGGGUGAUAAAAGCACUCGAAGGAAAUCUGUCAAGCAGGAUAAUGGAGACAUCGUGGACAAUGGCGUGGAAACAGCUGUCGAUCUACAAACCCUGCAAAACCAUCUAAAAGCACUGCAAGAAGCUGCCCGGAGUACACCAACCAACUUAACCAUGCCAACUGCCUUCCAACAUUAUCUGCGUGCGACGCAAAACUUUGAUGCGAACGGUAGCGGCGAGCUGCUGGUGGGCGACGGUGGCGACGACAGUGGGCCCGAGAACGAUCUGGACUCGUGCAACCUGCCGCUCAAUCUGGUGGCGACCCAGCUCGGCAGCGAUUCCUCGCAACACUGACGGAAGCUUCCGACGGGGCAGUUGCAGCGCCCGGUAGCAACAGGCGACCAAAAUUCUAAACCCUCGCCACGGCGGCCUCUGAACGGGGCCACCAGGAAGGGAACCCGCUCGGCAAAGGCAGCAGCAACACCGGCGGCGGUACUAUCCUGUGAGAAGAAAGGAGUGAUGUAGAAGGAAGAUUUGAGUUUGGAUUGGUGACUAGAGCCAACGCAACCUAUAACUACUAAUAUUAUCAGCUAGAAAUUGCAGCACUGCGCUCAUACCUUACUAGAGCUGCUCUACCGGCAACUACAACCAUUACUUAGCUGCUACGUUAGCGCGCCCACAGACCAUGGCAAAUACCCCACAAAAAUACUCGUUUACUGAGGAGAGUGUGCCCGGACGGAGGCAGAGGCGCUGUGUGAAAAAUUGGAAAUUAAACUUUAUGCAAACAAGACGUAACAGACGAGCGAUGAAUCCGCGAACAAAUUCGAACGGCAACUGAAAUACUCCACUAGUGACGUCCGUUUUAUGAUUAUAUAUGGUGAGGGAGAUAGAGAGAGAGAGAGAGAAAGAGGUGCCUGGAGGGUGGAACAGCACAGGAAGAAAAUGGGAAAUUGGGAAGAAAUGAAGGACAGUGGGCGAGAGAAUUGAUCGUUGAUUGAUAAUUAUUAUACUAGAGGACAGUAUUUAUUACCUUUUAACGAAAACAAAUCCUAGACCAGGACAAUAUUAUUGAUACAAUUUAAGAGUAUGGCAACGGAAACGGAGAAGCAGCUGCCGCCACGGCUCUACACGCGAACAAGCACGCAAUUACACGCGGAGAAAACAAAGAGACUAACCUAACAAGCAACAAACGCACGCGCUCACCUGGGGCACCUUUCAGCGAGUAGCGUGAAGGCGCAGCUGGAGUCGUCCCUGUACUCAAACACGCGGCAAGAAACAUAAGCAAUAAUGAUUUAAGGCGUGCUACGUUCUGCUACUACGGCAACCUACCAAGGGCGGAGCGCAUGGUAUAGAAGCGUAAGGUACUAGCGUUUUUAAGUGUCAGUUUUUACAUACUCCGCGACGAGUAGCGUACGAGUUAAGGAGUGUGAAUGCCGACUACCCCACAGAAUCCUACUUGCAUGGUAGAUAUACUUACAUUUAGAUAUUACUUUCAUUUUAACGUCAUUUUAAUCAUACUUGAGCUUUAGAUUUUAAGUGCAAGGGAUUGUUCCGAUUCCGAACAAACAAGAGCCAGCAAACCCAUAACCGAGAGAGGGAUAGAGAGAGAGAGAGGGAGUUAAUAUUACUGUUUGUGAUUGGAAAUUAAUUUAACAGAUUGUUUUUAACCCGUAUGUUCCGUUUUGUGUGCAGUUUAUUUUCUUUUCUUCAAAUUUUUGUUUGAGUUGCAGGCGAAGACCCAGCUCAGCUUUUUACAUGUCAAUUUUUGCUACUUAUCACCGCGCUUCAUCUUGCGCGGUUUAAACAUAAUUUGCUUUAAUGCUCGCUUACGGGGGGGAUAAAAGGGAGCAAGCAAAACAAACGAAAAACCAAUUGUGAUACGAUACGAUGUGUUGUGCGUUGGAGGGAACGAUAGAAAGGAAAAAGCACUUCUUUAACACACAACAACACAAAAAACACACACUCAUCAUACAAACACACAAACACACGAGUGCACCGCGUGAAAACUCCGGUGUGAUAAAGAAAAUCAAAAUUAAAUAGGAACAUUUGUGAACUCAACCAAGAUGGUCAAUAAGUAUCGGGCCGAACUAGCGGACGCGUAAAUUACGCACCAACAAAAUGGCAUUAAAAAGGCAAAGUAAUUAGUAGCACGAUAAUCAUAGAAAGGAAUCUCUCCAAUUAGUAAAACACGGCGCGUAGUUGGCGAACAGUUGAAGUCCGGCUCUCGAGCAGUCGAAAAUCGCUUUACGAAACAGAAUCUCUUUUCAUGAACCGCUUAUUUUUUACUGUGCGCGAUCGAGUCCCCGAUCGAUUUCCGUUUCUGUACGCUUGCUUCUGCUGCUUAACGAAACACGUAGAAACAAGCUGCUAAUGUAGCAUCAACACUGGACUUAAUUAGAUUUCUAACUCUUGUAGGUUUAGUGCACCCUGCAGUUGGGUGACCUGUUCCGAGCAGCAGGCCAUCACGUAACUUAUCGAUUUUAUUUUAUCACACGGUCCCGCAAGGACUCUUGGUGUUGUUUUUAGACCGGCCCAGGAAACAGGAAAACAGUAUUUAGUAAUGUAAGGGGGACACAUUGUGACACGAAAUGAAACAGUAUCCAUGACGCCAGCAACCUAAACCAAACCCGGAACGGUAACAGCCAUUAGAUAAAUGAUCCGUCCGUCCGAUCCACUUAUCCAGAGCAGCUCGAAAGUCCGAACCAUUCAAGAGAUAGUUCUAAAAUUUCACUCACACGCGCGCAGGCUCACUACACAGACCCAUGUCAGAAAAUGCGUCGAGGAAGUCUAGUCGAACGGCAGAUCUUAUUUUUGGGGUAGUGAUAAAUGGCAUUAACGAUCAAACCAAGCUCCCAAACCUCGUAUCCCUCAAGCCAAGAGUUCUUCGGGCACCCUGAAAACCCAUCAAUCCGAUCCGUCAUUGUGACACGCUUUGUGUGUACUUACUUUUCCGCGUCUCAGUUCAGCGCCAUUUGCCCCUUGUCCCUUACCGAUGGUUACCACUAUUUAAGUUUUCGCUCUCCUCCCCAAUUUCAUUUCGCAUUAGUUUCACAAUUUAGUCUUAUUUACGUCAUGACAAGCUUUUUUUGAAAUGCAAGUAAAGCCCUUUAUGGUACCGCGCGGAAAUUAAUCUCCAAGGAUAAAUAGAAACGAACCCCGUAAUAUACCCGUAAGCUUUAAAGAAGCGUGAUGCCAUGGGUGUGAUGGCAGGACAGGAGAAACAGCACAUCGGUAGUAGUAGCAGUAGCUCCACGAUUACCACUCUCAACACACUCACAAUGCGAAACAAAACGGCCAGUUACUGUGUUACGGAACGCAAUCCAAAAGCAGCUUAGAGCAGACCUUAGAACGAAGAUGAAGUUGAAGGGCGCGAUCUCCAAUUCCAACUCUCUCCCCCUUCGCUAGUACAGGACGCGGUUGUGUUGCGAAAAUCGAAUGGAAACGAUGAAUGGCGCCAAAUGAAGCGGACGAAACGGAUGCGAAUGACCAGUUGUUUACCAGUUUUUUUUUUAAAUACGAUACACGGUACGUGAAUGGUAUCUACUUUCCUAUUGCAUAGUUAGCUGUUAAGUUAUAAUUCGAUUGGAAUCCAUAAGCACACAGACAGAGAGAGAGAGAGAGAGAGAUGAGAUGAGCGAAGGAAAACGAUUGUGUCAGUAGUGUUAAGAAAUAGUGCAUGUAGGAGGAGGAGGACUUUUCCCGUUCGCACAAUCGCACCAAUAAGUGUCGCUUUACAUAAUGUUUUGUUGUUUCCUUUUUGUUUCUGAACUUAAAACUUGACAUCCUGUACAUUGGUCGUCCAUUUUCCUCACCACAAACUUGUUUGGUUUCUACUUUCCUGUUAACCUUAUUGUGGCGAUUUGUAUUGAAAUUGUACCAAAAAAGGAUUUUCUAUACUGGGCGAUAGAUCGAUCGAUAGACAAAACUGUCAAGAAACUCCAGUUGAAAUUGUAUUCUGUGAGAUUUGAUGAAGUAGUUGGUAUUAGUGAGUCACAUCCUGAUUAACGGCGUCCAACUUUGUACAUUUUUUGACUAACCAACAAUGUUGUCUGUUAGUUGUAAAUUUUGAACUCCAGGAUCAGAGCAAGUAGCACAUAGUGCAAAACACGCAGUCAAUAUUUGAGGCGUAGGCGUGCUUGAGGAAAUCACUUAAGC